AUUUGAGCCAUAGCAAAUGGCGGUUGAAAAGGGUGGACAGUAAACACGUUUAUAACUGUAACUGUUUAAAUAUCAUCAAAACAUGUACUCGAGUGUGUCGGAUUUACAGAGCAGUUACAACAUGUUUAUUUUCAACUUUCAGGUGGGUUCAUUUGUCGUGCUGACUGGAAAUGCACUGCCAAAGACACGAAAACGACGCAAACGUUGAUAUAAUGGAGAACGAAGAUGGAGAAAAUGAAACUGAGUCUGAAGGGACGGAACUCCGUCUGAAAGUCGAGUCGUUGAAGCAGGAGCUCCACGAGUGCAGAGCCGAGCUGGCAAAGCUACAGAAACAACUGAAGCAGUCAGAAAGACUCCAGCAGAACACAGAGAGCUACAACGAAGACCUGAGAAAACAGGUCGACCAGCUGAGCGCAGAGAUUCAUCAGCGAAAGAAGAAAGAUAAAGACAGAGUUGACAGUGAAACUCAAACGGAAGAAUAUGUAUGGACAGAAACUGAUUAUUACAACUACUACUAUGGAGGCAACACUCAGAACCCAGAGGCUUCAGACAGUCAGGAAGGCCUGAAUGCAGCAGCAGUAGAAGCAGCAGAUGGCAGCAACACAGCAGGGGUUUCAGCACCAAAUGAAACAACAACAACAGCUGCAGCAGCUGAUGUUGAUAACCCCACGCCUGAUAACGGUGUUGAAGUCACAACUGAGGAAGGUGAUGGAGGAUCCAUAGCUGAUAUUUUGAGGGCCACUGCUGAAGAGGCUAUGACGCAGACCGGCUUUGUUUUUGAUGAGACGCAUGGGUUGUACUAUGACCACAGCACAGGCUUCUACUACGACUCGGGCAGUCAGCUGUACUAUGAUGCCAACACAGGCAUUUACUACUACCAUGAUACAGAGAGUGGACGAUACCAAUUUCAUUCCAAGAUUGAGGUGCCUGCUGCACAGACUGCUGCAGAGCCUUGCAAAGAAAAGAGCACAGGUGAAUGGAAGGGCAGAAAGUCAAAGAAAGGGUCCAAGAAAAGCUCCCACCAGGACAAUAAGGAACUCAAAUUUGACGAGGUGAAGUUGGAAGAAGAAGAAAUUGACUGGGUCGAAAGGCCAACAACCAAGAGGAGCACAGAAUCACGAAAACUGAAGCGAAAGUCUUGCAGUCCGGACACGGCCUCGCGUAGAAAAGACUCUCAUAAACACAGAGCGGAUAGCGACAAAUCUUCGUCAAAGAGGAAGAAGCAGAAAAAAAGUUCCCACGAUGAUGAUAAGGAUAAGGGUCGAUCAAAGAAGAAAAGUAAGAAAUCAAAGACAAAAAAGAAGAAAAAGAAGAAAAGCCCGGCUCGGAGCGAUGAUUCAGAUGAUAACAGCGAACCAGAAGAGGGUGAGCUCACUGAGUCGGAGAGAGAAGAGUGGGACUCCACUCCCUCGGCCUCUUCUUCCAGCUCCAGCUCCAAGGAAAGCUCCGAGGCAGAAAUGGAGACUCAGAUUAAUGCAGCCAAAGAGAUAUGGCCGCCCUGUGUCAGAGUGACAGUGGUCAGAUCUCCAGUGAUGCAGGUCGGCACUCUGUUCAUCAUCACGGCCACCUCUCCAGCCACCAUUGGCAGAGAGAAAAGCAUGGACCAUGCAAUCCUAUUAUCAGAAUUGGGAGUGAGCAAGUUUCACGCAGAGGUGUACUUCGACCAGGAGCAGCAAGGCUACAUGCUGGUGGACCAGGGCAGCCAGAAUGGAACAGUCAUCAAUGGCAACCGGAUCUUGCAGCCCAAAACCAAGUGUGAGCCACAAGCACUGAUGCACGGCGACGAGGUGAAGAUGGGAGAGACUGUGCUGUCCUUUCACAUCCACCCGGGGACUGACACCUGUGAUGGCUGCGAGCCUGGCCAGGUGAUGGCCCACAUCAACAAGUACAAGAGAGAGGAGAAUACAGCCCCUGCGGCUCCCACCAAAGAGGACAAAGAAGCACUGAGACAGAAGGAGCUGAAACAGAUGAAGGCCAGAUAUGGCUUGCAGAGCAGUGAGUAUGAGGAGGCCAAAGCCCUGAGGAACCCCAGGUACCAGGACCGAGCGGAGUCUCGGCGACAGACUGUCGGUAGUGAGGGUGUUUUCCAACGAGACGAUGCACCUGCUUCUGUUCAUCAGGAGAUCAGUGAAGUCAAUAAAGGACGGAAAAUGCUGGAAAAGAUGGGCUGGAAGAAAGGAGAGGGGCUGGGUAAAGAGGGGACUGGCAUGAAAACCCCGAUUCAACUGAAAAUCAGGAAGUCCCAGUCCGGUUUGGGGGCUGGUGCGGCCUUGUCUCUAGACGCCGCCUCUGUGACCAAAUCAAAGUCCCAGAAGAACUGGGAGAAAGCGCGUGAAAGAUUUGCCGAUACGUGCCAGCCUGAUGUGCCGUCACCUCAAACACCAAAGAACAAAGCCUGGGUGAAAGGAGAAGAGACGGCUGACACAGAAGCAGGGGUUGAAACAGAGGGCCAAAGUUUAGAAUAGCUAGACACAGCUGGACGUUUGACGUGUAUCACUGUACUGCCCGAGGAAACGUGUCUUUACAUUAGAAAGCAAUAACACUAUUUCCACAUUGAAACAAUUUUGUUAUUUUACAGUCGUCGGGAACAGUCGCUGAAGACCCUAGCAACCAAUCUGAGCUGGUUUACUCAGUUGUGAAGAACUACAUCUGUCAACGCUACCUGUCAACCAGUUUGUAAAGUCACAAUCUGUUUGUAUAAUGUGUUGGUUCCUCCUUCUGUAGAAGUGAGUUGUGUGGAAUGUUACAGUCCAAACACUGAGGAACUCAGUGAGCGUGUUUCAAGGUCCAGUGUGCCUGUAGCGCUGCCUCCCAGAAUAAAGGCAACAUGAAUCGCCUCGAGCUAAUAUUGACACGUUGGAGCUAUAUUUCUCACAAUGAGAUUAUGGUAUGAUGACACAAAUCUCUCACAAAUCUGUUGGAGACGAUCCUAAAACACUAAUCAUGUUAAACCAGUCUCAACUACUGGUGUGUUGUACAUAAAAUAAGAACAUGCUCAAC